AUGGUUUGGCUCAACAAAGCCUCGUGGAUCGCGCUCCUGGCCUUUGUCGCCGCCGAGCUGCCCACCCGAGCAGCAGCUGCGGCAAAGGACAUCACCCAGAUCGAGCACAUUGUCCUGUUCAUGCAGGAGAACAGGGCGUUUGACCACUACUUUGGAACCGCCGCCGGCGUGCGAGGCUUCGGCGAUCCCAACGUGGUCAUCAGCAAAGACACCAGCAAGGCGUCGUUCUACAAUCCGGUGUCGGUGGCCACCACGGAGAAGGGCUCACCUGCGCCUCCUGCUGGCGUGGACCACCUGCUUCCUUGGUACAUCAACCACCAGGGCGGCGACUCGAAUGAUCGAUGGCAGUGCUCCGUCGCCGGCUCCAACGGAUGGGAGCAGAACCACGCGGCGUACGACAAUGGCAACGUCAACAAGUGGGCGACCAAGAACACGCCCUACUCGCUCGCCUACUACAAGCGGGAGGACAUUCCGCUGCACUUUGCCGUUGCCGAGGGCUGGACCAUGGGGGACAACUACCACGAGUCGGUCAUCACCUCGACGAGUCCGAACCGCAUCUCGUGGCUUGCGGGGACCAUGGGCAUCGACCAGGCGCACGAUGGACUCGGUGGACCGGCCAUCGACAACUCCGAGACGCCCGGGUGCGAGACGGCCGACGACGGCUCGACCUACUCGUGCUAUCCGUACAAGUGGAAGACGCUGCCCGAGUACCUCGAGCAGGUCGGCAUCUCGUGGCAGCUGUACCAGGACACGGACAACUUUGACGACAAUCCGCUCGCGUGGUUCCACCAGUUCCAGCAGGCGCCCAACAACUCGGCGCUCGCUCAGAAGGGUAUGGCGUUCAAGGGGCUCGAGCGCUUCUACUCGGAUGCGGAGCAGGGCAAGCUGCCGCAGGUGAGCUUCAUCAUUGGUCCGACCGAGCUGAGCGAGCAUCCUCCUUAUGGCCCGCUCGACGGUGCCUGGCUGCAGAAGAAGGUCAUCGAUGCCGUCACCAAGGGCAAAAAGUACGACUCGACUGCGCUCAUCAUUUCGUACGACGAGACGGGCGGCUGGGCGGACCAUGUGAUGGCCGAGUUUCCUUCCAUCUCGGAGGCGCCCAACGAGUGGAUCGUCGACCCUUACAACAAGACGCUGGGUCAGCAGCCCGUGGGCCCCGGCUUCCGCGUGCCCUUCUACGUGGUCUCGCCGUUCACACGAAGCGGCGGCGUCUUCUCGGAGCCAGCAGCGCACGAGUCGCAGAUCCUCUUCGUUGAGCAGUGGGCCAAGGCGAUCGGCAAGCCGUUUGUGCAGGAAAGCAUGACGGCCUGGCGUCGUCAGAGCCUCUCGGACCUCACAGCGAUGUUCGACUUUUCGCGCGCGGACACUUCGGUGCCCGAGCUGCCCGAGGUGCGCCAGGCGACGCAGGACCGCAACGGCCAGUACAACGGCGCCUCGACGUGCAAGGCAACGUACGGCGGUGGCCAGCCCGACGUGCCGUACACGCAGAAGGACGACGAUGCCUGGGUGCUCGAGCACGGCUUCAAGCGCGUCCGCGGCACCCCUUCCGAGGGCCACUUCUAUGUGUUUGAGAAGACCAACCAUGCACUCGCCUUUGAUGCCAAAUCCGGCUCGCUUUCGGUCUCCAACGCCACAGCUGACCACGCCGAUGCUACACAGCGCUUUAUCGUCCACGCCGUUGGUACAAGAACCAAGAACAAUGCUUUCUACCUCAGCCCCGCCGCCCAGCCGAGCCAGUAUGUCGACGCCAACGGCAGGCUCACCACCGACCGAUCCAAGGCGACGCAGUUUGCGUUCGAGGACGCCCGGAACGGCAAAGGCUACAACGUCAGCGCCAAAGGAGCCAAGCUGCCGGGCGGGUUCAACGGCUCGGGCGUCAGCAUCUAUUCCGUCACGUAUUGA